UUCCCCGUUCCAUUUCUGCAGAGCUUGCUUUUCUGCGCUGCUGCAGCCUAGACUCGCAUUUGCCUUCCUUGAUCGGUGCUUCUGCGCGUUUCUGGCCUGCCUGAACAUUUGAGUUCUGCUGAUCUAACUUUGGCAUUGCCCGUUCAGUUCCUUCUGCACGCUUGUGUCCUCAGCGUUGAGCUCCACUUGCCCCCACGUCGUUGCCUUGCCGGCCGGCCAUGGAGGUCGGCAUCGAGGCGGCACGCUGGGUGAUCGGCAAGGCGCUGAGCCCGGCCUCAGGCGGGGUACUGGAGGCGUGGGCGGCCAGCUCCGAGCUCGGCGCGAACAUCCGCGCUCUCAGGAUGGAGCUGCUGUACGCGCAGGGCAUGCUCAACAAAACCCGUGGCCGCGGCCGGGAGGAGAUCCAGAACCCGGCCCUGGCGGAGCUGCUGCAAGAGCUCCGGGACCUGGCGUACAGCGCUGACGACGCGCUGGACGAGGUCGACUACUUCCGCAUCCAGGACGAGCUCGACGGCACGUACCAUGCCGCCGAGGAGCAUGCAGGGGGUUGCCUCCGCAACCACGCCCUCAAUGCUCGACAUACCGCCAAAGGCAUUGGCAAAAUGCUUGGGUUCUCCUCGCACUCGCGCUCUGCUAGCCGUGGUGACGGUGACGAGCCAAAUGAAGAUACGAGAGUCUGCUGUGGAGCUUGGCCAUAUCGUGGGCAAAGAUCUCCUGACAACGUGCAAGAAGAAGAUGCAAGCCGUCGCGUCCUGUGUGGAGUUUCUUGGCCAUGUGGUGGGCAAAGCACUCGUGAGACCAACUCCUCGUCCUCGCAGCCGCCCACCAACCAGGCCGACCAGGAGGAGGCUUAUUGCGGGUGCACGCAGAAGCUUGCUUCUGGUGCUCGUAACACCAUCAACAUCGUCGGUAAACACCUUCCUUGCUACUCUGUUUCACCUGUCCAAAAUGAUGCCAACUCCAACACUGCAUCGAGUGGACGGCGAUUCCUCUGUUGCGCCCGUCCUAACAAGGCACCACACACAGAACACGCCAUUAAAGCACCGAAACUGAAGUUUAAUAGGGUCGAGAUGUCUAAGAGGAUGAAGGACAUAGUAGAACAGUUGAAGCCUGUGUGCGCCAAGGUAUCCACAAUUCUUAAUCUAGAGUUACUGGACUCCAAUCGCAACAUUGCCCAAUGCAUUGCUAUGAGCCUCGACACAAUGUUUUCUAAGAAACAAGGCCAUGCACCCUUGCCUACAGAUAAAGUGGCUAUGAAUCGACCAAUAACCACAUCAGAGCUUAUAGAGCCUAAACUUUAUGGGAGGGAUGUUGUAACAAGUAAGAUCAUUGAUGACAUUACUAAGGGUCAAUAUUGCGACAAGGACCUCAUCGUGCUUCCAAUUGUUGGUCCAGGGGGCAUAGGAAAGACAACUCUAACACAAUACAUAUAUAAAGAACUUCAGCACCACUUUGAAGAAAAGAUUUGGGUGUGUGUGUCUACCACAUUCAAUGUGUAUAGACUCACGCAAGAGAUUGUGAAUAACUUAAAAAUAGAGAAGAAAAAUGACAGUCCAGAGAAGCUGAUUGAAGAAAAAUUAAAGUCUAAGAAGUUUUUGAUUGUAUUGGAUGAUAUGUGGAGUUGUAGUGAUGACGAGUGGAGAAGGUUUUUAGUGCCCUUCACAAAAGGACAAAGCAAAGGGAACAUAAUUCUAGUUACAACUAGGUUUCCGGCAUUAGCUCAAAUGGUUAAAAAAACAACCGAUCACCCGUUGGACUUGGAAGGUUUAGACCCUAAAGCAUUUAGGGAUUUAUUCUUAGCUUGUGUCUUUGGUGACAAGCAAUUAAUAAAUGUUCAUAGUGAGUUACUUGAUAUUGGAGAAGAGAUAGUGGAAAAACUAAAGGGAUCCCCUCUCGCAGCAAAAACUGUUGGAAGAUUAUUGAGUAAACACCUUGAUUUGGAUCAUUGGACUAGAGUCCUUGAAAGUAAGGAAUGGGAAUUACAAAAUGGUGAACAUGAUAUUAUGCCGGCAUUGAAGCUUAGUUAUGACUACCUCCCUUUCCAUCUGCAACAAUGUUUUAGCUAUUGUGCUUUGUUUCCUGAAGAUUACAAAUUUAAGACAGAAGAGCUAAUUCAUUUGUGGAUAGGUCUGGAUGUUUUGCAUUCACAUGGGGAAAAUAAAAGGAUUGAAGACAUUGGACUAAGCCAUUUGACAGAAUUGGUUAAUUAUGGAUUUUUUAGGAAAGAAGAAGAAGAUGAAUACGCUUGUUAUGUUAUUCAUGAUCUACUACAUGAAUUAGCGCAAAAAGUGUCAUCACAUGAAUGCCUUAGCAUAUACAGUUAUAAUGUAAGAUCCACACAAAUCCCACCAUCGAUCCGUCACUUGUCUAUCAACAUAGAUUACACAAGUGUCAAGGAUAAAAUGACUUUUGAUACAUGUACGAAGGAUCUUAGUACAUUGCACAAAAGGUUAAAAGUUGAAAACCUACGCUCUUUGAUGUUAUUUGGGUCACACCAAAGUAGCUUUGUGAAGACUUUUGAUGGUUUGUUCAAGGAAGCAAAAGCCCUUCGUGUUGUUUUUCUAAAAGAUUUCUUGCAUAGCUUUUCAGAACUUGUCCAUCUUCGCUACCUUCGGAUUAUAAGGGGUGAUGAUACAAGAAUAUUGCCCAACAUCAUUUCAAGAUUUUAUCACCUAAGGGUCCUGGAUAUACAUGAAUGCUAUUAUUCAUCGGUUCCAACAAGAUAUAUGAGCAACCUUGUAAAGUUGCGUCAUUUUUUUGGUCGACAUAAUGAAAUGCACUCGAGCAUUCUUGAUGUAGGUAAAUUAAAAUCAUUACAAGAGCUAAGAAGAUUUGUGGUCAAAAAAGAAAGUCAAGGUUUUGAAUUGGGCCAGAUAGGACAUUUGGUAGAGCUUUGCGGAUCAUUGAGCAUUAAUAAUCUUGAAAAGGUUGAAGGAAAGGAAGAAGCAGACGAGGCAAAAUUGAUUCAGAAAACCCACUUACGCGAGUUAAUAUUACAUUGGGAUAGUAGCCGAUCUAACAUGGAUUAUGCACUAGAAGAACAUGUUCUUGAAAGCCUUAAGCCAAAUAGCAAUCUUGUAAAGCUAUGUAUUACAGGGCAUGGGGGCUUUACUUGCCCUUCAUGGCUUGGUGAAAAGCUCUCGGUUAAAAAUUUGGAAUCUCUUCAGUUACACAGUGUGUCUUGGGAAAAUCUUCCACCUCUAGGAGAGUUGUGCUUAGUGGAUGAACAUGGUAAAGAGUGUCCGAGCUAUAUACAAAGACAAAGCUUCAAAAGUUUGAAAAGGCUAGAACUAGUUGAUAUACUAAAAUUGAAAAAAUGGGUUGGAAAUGGCCCUUGUGAGCUGUUCUCUCACUUGAAAGUGUUGAUCAUUAAAAAUUGCCCUAAACUCAUGGAGUUACCGUUCUCACAUCAUACCGGAUGUGAAUCAGAGCAUGAGGCUAACAUGACUUGGUUUCCUAAACUCGAAGAGCUCAAAAUUGAAGAUUGUCCAAAACUUUCAUCAUUACCUUGUGUUCCUUGGUCUAACACUACUUGCUCUGCUGAGAUUGCACGAGUUGGUUCAGGUCUUGAGCGGCUGGUUUAUCAAAAUGUUUCUAGUACUGGACAUCGCUUGGAAGUUGAGAAAAAGGGUGAUGUAGAUAGUGUUUUCUGGACGGUGUUAGCCUUUCAUAACCUAUCAAAACUAGAAAGUUUGACAGUGACGAGAUGCCCUCCUCUAUUACUGGAUCACCUGCAAAUGCUAUCAUCCCUUAAGUCCCUAGAGAUAUCUGAUUCGGGUGAUGUAUUUUGUUUGGCGGAAGGUGAUGGUCAUGUCAGAUAUGAAUUUCCAGUUGAAGACAUCACGAUUCUGAAUUGUGGUGCUAGCGGGGAGGGAUUGACACGUCUGUUGUCUUACUUUCCGAAGCUCCAAGGCUUCAACGUGAUCAAGUGUGAAAAGUUAACAGGGUUAGGUGUUGCGGAGCAGCAGAAGAAGACGGAAGCACCCGCACGACCGCCGUUAUCUUCAAUUAACGAAGUGGAGGAGGCACAAAUUGGACAGCACCAGCAGCAGCAAGACGAAAGAAGAGACGAGGAAAUAUCACCAGCAGUAGCAACAACAACAGGACUGCUGCUGUUGCCUCCCCAACUUCAGUGGUUGGAGAUUUCCUGCCCAAAUCUGGUCCUCUGCCCCGACUCACUCGACGACGACAAAGACACAGGACGAACUGGAGGUGGAGGAGGAGGGCUCCAAGGUCUGAGCUCCCUCCGUUCAUUGUGGAUAUUCAAUUGCCCCAGGUUCCUCUCCUCCUAUUUGUCGUCAUCCUCCUCUUCUUGUUGUCCCUUCCCGAACUCCCUGGAAGUCCUCGAUCUUAAUGGCGUGGUGGGCACGAAGACGCUGCCGCCUCUCUCAAACCUCACCUCUCUCACAACUUUAUCCAUAUGUAGAGGUGGGGAUUUAAGAGGCGACGGAUUGUGGCCUCUCCUUGCCCAAGGCCACCUCACCAAAUUAUCGGUCCACAAAUCCCCCAAAUUCUUCGCUGGUUCCGAGCCCCCACGGCUGCAUGAACAAGAGCUUCCAUCCCGUUCCUCCAAACUGCAGGAGCUCGAUACGGAUGACGUCGCAGGAGUCCUUGCUGCGCCCAUCUGUAUCUUGCUCUCUUCCUCACUCACCAGAUUGGACUUCAUUGGGGACGAAGAGGUGGAGCGCUUCACAAAGGAGCAAGAGGAGGCCCUUCAGCUCCUCACCUCCCUCCAGGAGAUCGGAUUUUGGAAUUGCAACAAGCUGCAGUGCCUCCCUCCAGGGCUGCAUAGACUUCUCAACCUCAAGAGAUUACAAAUCAGCAACUGCCGAGCUAUCCGAUCGCUGCCCAAGGACGGCCUCCCAAGUUCACUGCAAGAAUUAAAAAUCAGCUACUGCCGAGCCAUCCGGUCGCUGCCCAAGGUCGACAACCUUCCGAGUUCACUGCGAGUAUUGGAUGUCCGUUACAGCGAAAGCGAGGAGCUAAAAAGGCAGUGCCGCAAGUUGAUAGGAACCAUUCCAAUAGUCGAUACCUGACUAACCCAAGGGCUCUUAUUCGAAUUUUACAUUCUUCUAGCAUCGCAGGAUUCUCUCUAUAUCCAUGUGUGGUUCUGAGUUGUGAAGCACGAACGUCUCAGCAUGUACCUUCCACCUUGUACAUAAAACUGGGCUCUUCUUCGAAUUGUACAUUUUUCUAGCCUCGUAGGAUUGUCUCUAUAAUCAUACCCCUUUUAAUUCUGCGCGUAUCAACAACACUUGUUUUCAAUCAGGUGUAGGUCUUCAGCACACUCACGUGUUGCUGGUCUGCCUCUGGGAUGAGUUACUGAAAUGUGGAUACCCCUACAUGAUUUGUUUUCUGGUCAAAGGAAUAAGUGAUUUCAGUCCUCCUAUGCUUCUUGCAUCGGACAAAAUCCCGUUCAGCAAUAAGUGAUUUCAGUCUUCCUAUGUUUCUUGCAUCUGACAAAAUAUGAUUUACUCCGCUUAUAGACAAGAUAAUCUCCAUUGGAGCCUCCUGUUAAUUAAUAUAAUAGUACAACACUUGAAGCAGACUAUAGUAACACAAGAUUACUAACAAGGAGUGCACUUUUCUGCUCUGAUCAGCCAACACUAGAUCAGAAAGUCACAUCCACUGAUGGUUUAUUGAUUUAUAUGCUUCUCAACUGCACAUGUGCAAAAAAUGGCUUACUUGCGCUUUUUAAGAUCAUCUCCUUUGAAUCCUCAUGUGGCCAUGGAACAUGUGUUGGCAAAAGUUGUGGUUGAUUCAGCCAAUAUUCGGCCACUGCAACAGACAAUAUGAACAACGCAUUGUUCAGUACACUCAACAUUCAUCCGGUCGAAAUUCCAAUUGCUCAUUAUACGCAGUGAACCAAAUGCACCUUCCGGCUUCAGCAUAUACUGGUUCACAUCUUUAGGAAGUAUGUACAAUCCUUCUUACCUUCAUAUGAAAAAGCCAAUCUGGUAUAUCCUUCUGUUCUCCAUAUGCUGAAUGCCAUAUUUUGGUUUACUUUUUCUGUUUUUUUUUUGGGGGUCAGCGUGAAUUGUUUAGUUUUGGUGCAGUGGUGAACACUUAUAUCUUUUCUUGAUACUUUUCUUGAUACAUCUUCCAAGGUGUUUUCUCCGAACAUAUGUUGGGAAAAAGAUUUGGUUGAUCGAAGGUGUUUUCUGCCACUGCAGCAACCGACAUGAAUUACUACUCUGUUCAUUGGAUGCAACUUGAAAUGUUCCAAAGUCUUCUGUUCCUGGCUUCCUGCAUUUCCUCAAUGACUUGGCUGUGCAACAUCUGCACUGGCUGAACAAAAGAUGUCGCUCAUCAUGUCAUCAUGUCCUAUGAUCUACCUGCUGUUUGGAAGAUGUUGCUCAUCUGUCCAAGUUGCCAUCGUAAACAGCUGUGAACCAAAUUCUCAUUCAGAUACCUGGUGAUGCUCACGCUAGUAGACAUUCAUCCUGACUUCGAUAAGAGGAAUUAUGUCCAGAGGUCUUGUCAAGAUCACAAUCAUCUUCACAAGAUAUGACUUCUGCUCAUCAGGCUUGAAGGUGGGCAAGGUUUAUUGCAUCUGCCAAAUUCUUACCGGGAUGGCAUAUGUUCAACCAUCCACACAAAGCACGCUCCAACUCCAAGUAAGAUCCAAACAGUGAGGGCACUAGUUGAAACCAUACUCAAAGUUCAAAGCAUGCUAUAGAGUCAAGGAAGGCGAAAUCCUGAGUUUCAUUUGCACACCAAUCUCUAAGGACACAAAAUAAGUGGUCAAUGCUACUAUAUUUGGAGAGGAAUUUUUGUUUCCCGGGCUAUAUAGCUUUGGAAAGUCCUCGUUUAUUCAUGCGGUUUUCUGCAACAUGUUCUCCCGUCCGCCCUAUUCUUCCGAUGCGGCUUCAGAAUGUACUGGCAACAGCCUGUGCCCUAACGAAGAACAUUGCACUUGGUAGUUGAGUGGCUUUGCACCGAUAUGUUUCAGAAUGUAUUUUUGCAAUCUUUUCUGAUUUGAAAGACUUAGCGUUCAUGUUUUAGCGUGCUGGCCUCGGCCAAGGAAAACUGAAAGAGCCAAACUGAAUAAAAACGAUUUCAUAUCA